AUGUCAAGAAUCGUGCCAACCACGAAAAUGGCCCAGAAGCUUGCUUUAUCGUCGAAGCAGGCUGUUCCUUCAUUAUCAAAUUAUAAAGCGAAGUCAACCGAUAUCUUUGCCAAGAUGGAAGAUAUUAAGGAAAUUCCAUCGAAAAAACGAUUGAAAUCGUCUUCCACUGAAGAACAAAGAUCAAAAUCAGCACAAAUUGAACCAAAACCGUCAGUAAUUCGAAAAUUUCCAGUAAAAUGA